AUGUGCUUGAACUUGGCCACUCGCAAGGAUCACUAUCCACUACCAUUCAUCGAUCAAAUGCUUGAUCGCUUGUCCGGUAUUGUUCUAGGUCAUGUUGUUUCUUAUACUGGUAUAUAUGUUGAUCCCGCCAAGGUUGAUAUUAUUUCUGGUUUACCUUACCCUUCUUCUGUGAGGGAAGUCCGUUCUUUUCUUGGUCAUGCAGGUUUCUACCGGCAUUUCAUCAAGGACUUCAGUAAAGAUGCACUACCACUUUCCCGUUUGUUGCCAAAAGAUGUAGAGUUUGACUUAAGUGAAGAGUGUAUGGAAGCAUUUGAUAAGCUGAAGAGUUCCUUAACCCAAGCUUCUAUUGUGAGAGGGCCUGAUUAG